AUGGCGACUGGAACCAAUGGCGCUCGACGCGCUGUAUCGCUGCUGCGUAUGACUCUCGCCAAUAGCUCAGAUUGCAACAAACCCAUACUGACCAAUUCUCAGGGCCAUCAAGACUCGACUUUGGCCGGAUCGACAACGGCAUCAACAACCCCUCCCUCUUCCGCAUUCCCGGUCGUGAGCCCCGUCUACACUAUCAACGCCGGUGUGGUUCUUUCCCGCCCUCCCCAGAUCACCCGUGACCUCGAGCCCUUCGAAAAAGCAUACUUCUUCUAUCAGAAGCGAUUGAACGAGCGUCUGGCUCUUCCUUUCACCAAAUACUUCUAUUUUAAGCGUGGUACGCCGCUGGACGAAGACUGGAAGAAGAAGAUUCAGGCUCGUCAGACUCCCGCACGUGACAUUGGAAAGUACAACGCGUACGCUCAGGAUGCAUGGAACGACGAGUUGCUCCUAGGAGCCAAGGAGUCAGACCCUGAAUACCAGGUUGAGCAAUUGGUACUUGAUGCGGAAUCGACUGCCAAUGCGACUUCGCAGGAUACCAGCAAGAAGGAGGAGAUCCCACGACCACACCCACGGGUGACGGAGGCUGAUAAGAAGGGUGACUACAAGAGUCUGAAUCGUCUGUUACCCAGGACUUUGUAUUUGCUAGUUCAGUCGAAGGAUGGAUACUGGAAACUCCCCAGCACGCCAAUCCAAACAGAGGAGACUCUCCGCGAGGCUGCCGAGCGCACUCUUUCGCAGACUGCAGGUGUUAACAUGAACACCUGGAUGGUCGGCUUCCACCCCGCCGGUCACCAUGUCUACAACAACCGCAAACCCCACGCUGACAAGGCCACUGGAACCGUAUCACAUGGCGAGAAGACAUUCUUCAUGAAGUCCCGUAUCAUGGCCGGACAGGCUGAUCUGUCCGCCAGUGUGGAGAAGCUGAAGGAUUUCAAGUGGCUCUCAAAGGAGGAAAUCCCACAAUUUGUGACCCAGCAAUACUACAGCUAUAUCAAGAAUAUGCUGGCUGAUCGCUAA